UUGCGCCCGUGGUGACCGGUUCAUUUGGUCUUUGGCCGCAAUGUCCGACGGAUCGAGGUGUACGACGAAGAUAUAUAAAAAAUAAUACGAGUGUUUCGUUAGAUAUUAUUUUAAUUUAAGUGCUUUUACAUGUAUAUGGACGUACGUAUAGGUGAACGUUGUUGUUAUCAUUCGUUUUCGUACUGAUUAAUCAGUGGUCCACGCGAUCAUCUUCAACGGACAGGAUACAUCAUGGAUACUCGUCUUACACAGAUUUUUUCUGUGUGUUUAGUUUUGCUGUCUACGACGAAUGCUGUUGUUAAUUCUGGUACACAUGAUGAAAAAAUACCAAUAAAAAGAGACGCAAGUUUGGCUAGUUUUUCAGAUUCUUACGUGGCUCAAACUCCUGAUAUUUCUCAAACUUAUGGACCACCUUCCAACUCAUAUGGCCUUCCACCUAAACUGGAAUAUGGUGCGCCUCAACCUCCAUCUCUGAUUUAUGGACAACCUACUAGUGCACCUAGUUUAUCAUAUGGUUUGCAAGCUAUACCUAAUGCAGUAGGUCCACCAGGUGUUCCUUCACCGCCAACUCCGCCUCAUAUAACAUAUCAUGGUUGGCAGCCUAUUCCUGGACUAUCAAUACCCUAUGGACAGUCUUAUCAAAAUGGAUAUAGUCAAUCUACCAUAAAUUCAGCUUAUGGCACCUCACAAGAAGGUAUUUUGACAAAUGAAAAUGUAAAUUCCCUCGAUACUUCCUAUGAAAGUUCUCAAUCAACCAUAUCAUCCAAUGGUAAUCAUGGUGCAUCAUUAAGUGAAUUGUACAAGAUACCCAUUAUUCAAAACAGUUAUGGACCAUCUCCAAAAGAUUCUUACGGACCACCAUCAAGUGGAUCAUACGGACCUCAACGUAAACCUACAUUUCGACAAAUAAUAAAAGAAUCAUAUGGAUCACCGCCAAGUAGCUCUUAUGAGCCGCCUCCAAGUGGAUCUUAUGAUUCUCCUCCAAAAGAUUCUUAUGAACCAAAGGAUUCAUACGGACCCCCUCUAAAAGACUCAUAUGGUCCACCACAUAAAGAUUCAUACGGUCCACCUCCAAAAGGUUCAUAUGGUCCUCCACCAAGUGGCUCCUAUGGACCACCACCAAAAGAUUCCUAUGGACCGCCUCCAAAAGGUUCAUAUGGACCACCUCUAAAAGAUUCUUAUGGACCACCACCAAAAGAUUCCUAUGGACCACCUCCAAAAGGUUCAUAUGGACCACCUCUAAAGGAUUCUUAUGGACUGCCAACAAAAGAUUCCUAUGGACCACCUCCAAAGGACUCUUAUGGACCACCGCCAAAAGAUUCCUAUGGACCACCUCCAAAAGGUUCAUAUGGACCACCUCCAAAGGACUCUUAUGGACCUCCAUCAAGUAGUUCUUAUGGUCCACCACCAAGUGGCUCCUAUGGACCACCACCAAGUGGCUCAUAUGGACCACCUCCAAAAGGUUCAUAUGGACCACCACCAAAAGAUUCCUAUGGACCACCUCUAAAGGACUCUUAUGGACCACCUUCAAAAGGUUCAUAUGGACCACCACCAAAAGAUUCCUAUGGACCUCCUCCAAAGGACUCUUAUGGACCACCACCAAAAGAUUCCUAUGGACCACCUCCAAAAGGUUCAUAUGGACCACCUCCAAAAGAUUCCUAUGGACCACCUCCAAAAGGUUCAUAUGGACCACCUCCAAACGACUCUUAUGGACCACCGCCAAAAGACUCUUAUGGACCUCCACCUAGUAGUUCUUAUGGUUCACCACCAAGUGGCUUAUAUGGAGCACCUCCAAAAGACUCUUAUGGACCACCUCUAAAGGACUCUUAUGGACCUCCACCUAGUAGUUCUUAUGGUUCACCACCAAGUGGCUUAUAUGGAGCACCUCCAAAAGACUCUUAUGGACCACCUCUAAAGGACUCUUAUGGACCACCGCCAAAAGAUUCUUAUGGACCUCCACCUAGUAGUUCUCAUGGUUCACCACCAAGUGGCUUAUAUGGACCACCUCCAAAGGACUCUUAUGGACCCCCUCCAAAAGGGUCCUAUGGACUUCCACCAAGUAGUUCUUAUGGUUCACCACCAAGUGGAUCUUAUGGACCACCUCCAAAAGGUUCAUAUGGACCACCACCAAAAGACUCUUAUGGACCUCCACCAAAGGACUCAUAUGGACCACCUCCAAAAGAUUCAUAUGGUCCACCCCCAAAAGGUUCAUAUGGAUCACCACCAAAAGACUCUUAUGGACCUCCUCCAAAGGACUCAUAUGGACCACCUCCAAAAGAUUCAUAUGGUCCACCUCCAAAAGGUUCCUAUGGACCUCCACCAAAGGACUCUUAUGGAUUACCGCCAAAAGAUUCGUACGGACCACCUCUAAAAGAGACAUAUGGGCUACCACCUAAAGAUUCUUACGGACCACCGCCAAGUAGCUCUUAUGGAUCACCACCAAAAGAUUCCUAUGGUCCACCAUUAAAUAAUAAUUUUGGUUCAUUAUUUAAUAAUAUAAAUGGGUUACCCCCAGAAGGAACAUAUGGUACACCAAUAGCUAGCUGUUGUGGCACACCACCACCUGAUCUUCCAUCACAAAAACCAGCAGGAAAUUUAUUAGGUUUAGCAUAUGGGCAAUCAUCUGGAAAACAAACACCAGGUCCUAAUCUUAAUCCGAAAAAUCCAGUUCAAAUCGGACAACCUCUACCUCAAGGUUUAGUUGAAUCUACUCAGUAUAAUAACAACAAAGGAGAAACAUACAUACCUCCUCCAGUUCCAGAAAUCCCAACAACUGGAGUUGAUGCAUAUGCAGCUCCUUCAAGUUCCUCUUUAUAUGGUUCAUCAAAUAUAGAUACUAGUGUACAGUUUGGAUAUAAUCAAGUGCCCCCACAAAUCCCAGUGGAAGCUAACAACCAAGUUCAACAGCAUAAUCCAAGUAUCUUAUCGAAUACACCAAUUACUGGAGAUUAUAGUCAAGGUUUUAAUGCACCAGGUCCCGAAUCUUAUCAAUUAACUCAAUCAGUAUCAAUCAAUAAUGAAGGUUAUCAAUCGAAUAGUCUUAAUCAACAUAAUUUAGCUUAUGCACAAACCAAUGAUAAUUUCGGUAUUCCAUUACAACAGUUUGACAUAAAUCAGAAAAAUAACGAAUAUAAAAUUAAUCCACUACAAAGAGAAGAAUCUUUAAAUUAUCAGCAGCCUUCAAACAAUUACAAUCAACCUCAAGAUGGAGUCGAUGUUAAUGAUAUAGUAAAAUCUUUAGGUUUAGAGGGAUCUUCAGUAAUAGGAUCAAAGUCAGUGGACUUAAAUAAUAUACAAGAUUAUCCUGUACGUGGUAAAUCGGGAAGUUAUAUGCUACAAAUACAACCUGGACAACGUGGCGCAGAAAAUGUAGCUCAUGAUCAAGUAUUGUCAAAUGGCUUAUUACAGGAUAUUUUAUCAGCGAUAGAAAAUCAACAAAAAUCGGAAAAUUCAUAUGAUAAUCAGCCACAAGGAUCAGAGUUGCAGGAAAAAACAUUAGCCUCAAAUGUUAGUGUAGUGAUACCUGAAAAUAACACAAAUAAUAAACCAGAAAUGGCAUUAUUUUAUAACACAGGAUAUGGAAAAGUAUCUACGUUUAAUAAUGAAACAGAAUCGUUACCAAGAGAUAUAAACCAUUUAAGUGUGAAUGAGGUAUCAGAGGGAAAUUUCGUUUUAUACAAUUCACCGAAGGUAAAUUAUGUGUAUGGCGACACAACACCACAGGUUAUAUCUCAGCUAUACACUCAACAAUCAACUCCCAAGACUGAUGAGAGCUCAACUUAUCCAUUAUAUAAUGAAGGAAAGUAAUUUUUUUAAUAAAAUUAACAAAAUAAAAAUUAACAUUUUUAGUAGCAUUCAAAAUCUGAAUAGUAAUUUAUUGCUUUUAUGUAUUGUUAAAAUAUUCAAUUAAACUUCGACCAAACAAAAUACUCAAUACAAUUAUAAAUAAAUAGUACAUUAAACGAAUAGGUGCAUAAUAUAAUUUUUUUCCUCAGAUGUUAUUCAUCAAAUUAAUAAUUGACGAAUAUUUCAGAAUAGUUUAUUUAUCACGAAUAUGAGCUAUAAAAAUCGUGUCAUAUUCAUUUUGAAUCGUGAACUGUGCAUAUUAAAUUCAGUGAGAGUAAGACACGCAUAAAUGUUGAUAGUAUUACAAUAAAAUAUUUACCGAGGGGCAGCUAAAUUCUUUUUUGAAAGUUAAUCAUUUUUUGAAUGCAACUAGAAUGAAAAAUAAAAUAUAUUUAUAAGUAAUGGAAAAUGUUUUCAACAAACAAAAUAUUUUAAAUAAUAAGUAUUUUUUAUAAAAACUGUAAUAAAAUUGGGAUACCAAACUAUUGCCAAAAUAAUGUGCCAUAAUAUUUAUAUUGGUUUAUAGUAAUGUGUAGAGUAAAAAAAUUACUUGUUUAACUUUUAUGCUAAAUAACCACACAGUUAAUAUUAUUAUUUGUAUAACUGUUGUUAGAGUUUUGAAAUGUUUUAAAAAUACUUUUAAUUGUCGUUUUGGAUUUGUUUUAUAAUUAAAAAAAUAUUAUGUAGGUAAUUGUAAAUAAUUUAAUUAAUUUUUUUAAUUAGAUAAGUGAUUCUUUAUUAUGCCUACUUAAAUAUUAUGCGUAUCAAAUACCAUUAUUGCCACCAAUACCGUAGAUUGUAUUAAAUAUCCCUAACUAGUGCUUUGUUUUAAGUUGUAUUAAUAUAAGUUUUUUAAACAAAAUUAAUUUUGUAUAUAUUUAAAUUAUUAUUUUUAUGAUACUUUGUAGUUACUAUAUUUUAAUAAUUAUUGUAAAAAUAAAUUGUCUUUUUGAUUAAAAUAAUGGAUUUAUAAGUUAUAAUGUUUAGAAUGUAUGUAUGUAAUACAUUCUUAUUUCAGUA